AUGACAGGCACGCUCAACAUCGCUCUGUUCCUUUUCGGAUUGAUCAUUGUGCGCCUUUUGAGGAAUAGACUACAGCUGUCGGGUAUCCCUGGGCCAUGGCUGGCAGCCUAUACGCGACUGUGGAAGCUGCACAAUGUGUGGCAAGGGCAACAUCAUCAUACGGCCUUGGAUUUGCACCGAAGAUAUGGCCCCUUGGUGCGGAUUGGCCCUGGCCAUGUUUCUGUCAGCGAUCCUAAGGCCAUUCCCAUCAUCUACGGCAUCAAUAAAGGAUUUACCAAGACGGCCUUCUAUCCCAUCCAGUGUAUCUCGUGGAACAAAAGACCGCAGAUGAACCUCUUCUCCACGCGAGACGAGCGCUUUCAUCGCGAUCAGAAACGCCCUAUCGCUGGCGCCUAUAGUGUGGCCGCGAUGCUUGAGAUUGAGCCGGCAGUGGAUUCAUGCACCGAUAUCUUCCUAACCCAGAUCCGCAAGACGAUUGAUGCCCGGGAACCACUCGAUCUGGGGAUCUGGUUGCAGUACUACGCGUUCGACGUCGUGGGCGAGAUGUGCUUCGCCCAAAAAUUUGGAUUCCUCCAGCAGGGACACGACGUGGACGGCAUGAUCGGAGCCAUUCGUGGCAUGAUCCAGUAUGCCGCCGUGUGCGGCCAGAUCCCGGAGGCCCAUCAUGUCCUGUUGGGGAACCCUCUGUUCCCUCUUGUAAUGCCUCGAAUGGAGUUGUGGAACAAGGUGGUGGUGUUUACCCUGAAGGCCAUCAACAGCCGAGGUUCAUUGCAGCGCAACGGAGAGAUGGAGAAGACCACCGCAGAGGAGGGAGGGAAAGACAUGAUGUCUCGCUGGAUAGUGAUGCACGAGGAGGAUGCCACGAAGAUGUCGACCAGGGAUUUGAUCGUGCAUCUGUCGACCAACGUCUUUGCAGGAUCCGACACGACCGCCAUCGCCCUGCGAGCCAUUCUCUACUACCUCAUCUGCAAUCCUGCCGCUAUGACAAAGACGCGGGCAGAGAUUGACCGAGCAGAUCAAGCCGGCCAACUUGGCGAUCCCAUCUCCUACCAGGAAUCCGUCCACCAUCUACCAUACUUCGGUGCCGUCAUGAAGGAGGCGAUGCGACUGCAUCCAUCUAUCGGCAUGACGUUGGAGCGCCGCGUGCCCGAUCAAGGGGUCACUCUGGCGGGCAGGUAUAUCCCCGGAGGCACCACCGUGGGAGUCAAUCCUUGGGUUGUCCAUCGCGACCCUGCCGCUUUCCCCGAACCGGAUGUCUUUCGUCCCGAGCGAUGGCUAGAAAGCUCACCCGAAAACCUGCAAGAGAUGGAUAAGGCCUACUUCAACUUCGGAGCGGGCUCGCGCUCCUGCGUGGGAAAGGCAAUAUCUUUGAUGGAAAUGCAGAAAAUUAUACCCCAGCUGCUGCGAUCGUUUGACAUUCACUUGCACGAGGACAAGCCGUGGAAAGUGCGAAAUGCCUGGUUCCUGCAACAGGAGGAUUUCAUUUGCGACAUAGCUCCAAGGGAGCGGCAUGAAUAG